UUUGAGAGUUUUGUGUCAAACAGCCGCAAAGUAGGGUCAUGGAUGAUUACUAAAAGUCCAUUGUUGUUUGAUAAAAUUUCUUGGUGAUUUCGUUUUAAAAUGAAUUUGUCGGACGAUAACAUGUUUUCCAAUGGGUUAUUAUACGUGGGAUUUAAUCAGGAUCAAGGUUGCUUCGCUUGUGGAACGGAGAAUGGCUUUAGAGUGUUUAACAGUGACCCACUUAAAGAGAAAGAACGCCAGAAUUUUGCCGAAGGUGGUUUAUCUUACGUAGAAAUGCUGUAUCGGUGUAACUAUAUGGCUCUUGUUGGCGGAGGUAAAACCCCAUUAUAUCCCCCGAAUAGAGUUAUAAUAUGGGACGAUUUAAAGAAAGAUUCCGCAAUUUCGCUCGAUUUCAACAGUCCUGUUAAGGCAGUUAAAUUGAGAAGGGAUAGGAUAGUUGUGGUUUUAGAGAACUUGAUAAAAGUGUAUACUUUUACGGCACAACCACUACUGCUUCAUGUGUUUGAAACAUGUCAGAAUUCCCGUGGACUGUGUGUUGUAUGUCCAAACAGCAAUAAUGCUUUGCUUGCUUACCCUAGCAGAAAAACUGGACAUGUUCAGCUUGUAGAGUUAAGUAAUCAAGCAGGUUCAAGUGAUACACCAGAAGGUCAUCUUAUAAGUGCCCAUGAAGCUCCACUUAGCUGCUUAGCACUGAAUGUGGGUGGGACAAGAUUGGCAACAGCAUCCACAAAGGGUACUCUCAUUAGAGUAUUUGAUACAAGCAGCGGACAGAAAUUAGCAGAACUAAGGCGAGGUGCACAUCAGGCAACAAUAUAUUGUAUCAAUUUCAAUCAUUCAAGCACAAAUCUUUGUGUAACAUCUGACCACGGCACUGUGCAUAUAUUCAGUUUGGAAGAGGACAAAUUAAAUAAACAAUCAACUUUGGCAACUGUUAAUUUCUUACCAAAAUACUUCUCAAGUAAUUGGAGCUUCUGCAAAUUUACAAUACCAAAUGGCCCGCCUUGUAUUUGUGCUUUUGGUGUUGACAAGAGUUCUAUUAUUGUAAUUUGUGCUGAUGGAUCAUACUACAAAUACAAAUUUAAUGAAAAGGGUGAAUGCAACAGAGAUGUCUACGCCCAGUUUCUUGAAACUUCUGAGGACAGAUAAAUGUGAUAAUGAUUUAUAAUUUUGUAUAUCAGGUAAUAUUGAAAUA